UUCUGGAGGUGGGCUACGUAGGAGGCAAUAUCAAGCGGUCCUAUCUUAACAAAAAGUAGUUUAUAUAAAAUUCCCAUUGCCCUCAAGUAUCAUAUUACAGUUUACUUCCAAACUUACUUACUUACAUACACGUUCAAGACCCUUCUGGACGUCGAUACUAAUUUCAACCCUUAAUUUUGCUGCUCUCAGUUGCAUUCUUACUCACGCCGUAUCCCAAGCGCUAUGGAGCAUACCGAGUUCAACACGCGUAUUCGACGGCCUUGGAAAAGCAAUGGCGAGUCGGAGCUAUCUAAUCGCCUAUUUCCACUCGACCGAUUGCCGCUCAGUAUCAAGAACCACCUCAUUGCAACAAUGAGCGAGUUUGCGGGGACCUUCAUGUUCCUCUUGUUCGCAUUCGGUGGUACCAAUGCCGUAAACACGAACCUGCCGGGAACCCCGGCCGCAGAUCCAGCUAAGUUGCUGUACAUAUCUCUAUGCUUCGGUAUGAGCCUUGCCGUCAAUGCCUGGGUCUUUUUCCGCAUCAGUGGCGGUCUAUUCAACCCGGCCGUGACGAUGGGUAUGAUGCUUGUCGGUGCCGUGGAUUAUGUCCGAGGACCUUUGGUUAUCUUCAGUCAGUUUCUAGGUGGUAUUGCGGCUGCGGCUGUCAUCUCCGGUCUCACGCCCGGUCCACUCAACGUAGGCACCAAUCUAGGGGGUGGAACGACGGCGGUGCAGGGCUUGUUCAUCGAGAUGUUUCUCACAGCCCAGCUUGUCUUCACCAUUUUUAUGCUAGCUGCUGAGAAGCAUCGCGGGACCUUUAUCGCACCUAUCGGGAUUGGGUUGUCGCUGUUUAUUGCAGAGCUUAUGGGGGUUUACUAUACAGGUGGAAGCGUAAAUCCGGCACGUUCCUUCGGCCCCGCCGUCGUCAUAAAGUCCUUCCACGACUACCACUGGAUCUAUUGGAUUGGCCCCAUCUUAGGCUCGCUACUUGCAUCUAGCUUCUAUAUCUUCAUCAAAGCCCUCGAGUAUGAGACCGUGAACCCGCAACAGGAUGAUAAUAACGAAACACACACUGAACCUAAGUCCGAUUUACAACACGUUGAAAACCAUGUGCGUUCGUGGGAUGAUGGGAUAGUAGGAGUAGCUCGAGUUAGUACGCCGUAUAGAGGUGAGUCAAGUUUAGAAGCCGGUCGCAGUUGAGUAUACGCGUUAUAACCGUUGUAUAUUUAUGUGUGGCAUGCAUAGCGAAAUCGUGGUUCUUUGGUUUAGAGUAGUUAGCUG